UGUCCCCGCUGCGCGCGGCCGCGGUGCGCGUGCGCAGAACGGCGGCACCGGGAACGGAGCGGGAGCGGCUGGGGGCAUCGGGGGCACCAUGGCCGUAGGCACGGGCACAUCCCUGGCGCUGUCGUCGCUGCUGUCGCUGCUGCUGUUCGCCGGGAUGCAGAUGUACAGCCGGCAGCUCGCCUCCACCGAGUGGCUCACCAUCCAGGGCGGGCUGCUGGGCUCCGCGCUCUUCGUCUGCUCCCUCACCGCCUUCAACAACCUGGAGAACCUCAUCUUCGGCAAGGGCUUCCAGGCCAAGAUAUUCCCGGAGAUCCUCACCUGCCUCUUGCUGGCCCUGUUUGCCUCUGGCCUCAUCCACCGGGUCUGUGUGACCACCUGCCUCAUCUUCUCCAUGGUCGGUCUCUACUACAUCAACAAGAUAUCCUCCACUCUCUACCAGUCCACAGCGCCUGUCGCUGCUCCUGCCAAGGCUGUCGGCAAGGGCAGGAAGAGAAAUUGAUGUCCUGCUGCCCCUUCCUGGGGCAGCCCCCUCCCUGCGGCUGGUCCAGGACUCCCCCCUGCCCAAUAAAGCCAUUUCUUUGUA